AUGGUUGACACAGCCGUUUACCAACAAUAUUUGCAAAAUUUGAAAAGUACAGUAGAAGGAUUGCUAGUCACACAAGUGGCUAAUGUUUGGUCAAUUUAUGGGGGCCUAAAUCGUCUAUAUUUCUGCUUAGAGAAGAUAUUUAGGCAUGGGUGUAAGUGUACUUCACAGGAAGGCUAUUUCUACAACUUUAUCCAAGGCCUAGAAUGGCUCCAUCCAGAAGCCUCCAAAUCCUACUUUGCUGUAGACUGUGAGUACCGAUCUCAUGUACCAGUCCCCUUGAAAAAUGACAAAUCUUGCAUUUGGCUUUAUAGAAGUCUAGAAUCUUACUCAUUAUGUGUGAAACUGUCUUGGCUAUUAUCAGAUGAUGCACAUUUGCAAUCGUGCUACGAAUCGUGGGCAUUUUUAUGUCAAAAACAAUAUGCUGAUGCUACGUUGACUUGUUUGAGAGCUGUGGAAAAAAAUCAGGCUACUUUUUUAUCAGAAAUUAAUCCCUGCUUGUUUGUCAGAAACGCCACUGCACAAAAAGCUCAUAAAAGGUCAUCUUCUUUCCCUGAUAACCAUUUAAAAUAUUCAAUUAUUAAACCUAAAAGUGGUGCUUUGAAAAAUGCUGGUGCUAAAGAGAAGAAAAUUAUUGGUAAGCUCAAGCCUUGGUCUAGCUUACCUGAUUUACAAAUAGAUAGUUCUAUAAAGAUCCCUAAAAAAGUACAUUUUGAAAGCAAAACUACUCCGAAUACGCCACUACACACUAGGAAAAUAUCGCCAAGUAUGCUCAAAGUCGAUUACAAAGUGCUACAACCAAAAACUAGCUCAAAAAAAUCUAAAAAACCAAUUAUCAUAAAUAAUAGUGAUAUUAUUGAGCAUACUGCUCAACUGAGCAGUAGCCAUAGUACCCACGAAGACUCUACGCCAGGCACUUCUUAUGACAAAAAUGAAAAAAAGGGAUUUUUCAUGCAAAGCCCUUUAUCAAAAUUGGAGUAUACUUUUAUGCCCCUAGAAGGAGAAAAAGACUACAGCAGAUACAAACCCAAAAGCUUCAUAGAAGACCGCGGAAUGAGCAUUUUACCCAUGUCCACUGGUCAAAGCUACUUGAAACCCAUCAAAGGCCAAAGCCUUACUUCAUAUCUAACAUCCAGCAAACUAGCGCGUAGCAAUGCUGAAUUGGACCGAGAAAAUGCACAUUUUAGUGUUUCAGAAGCCAUAAUAUCAGCUAUGGAAAAGCUAAAGUGUCAAUAUAGAGAAUGGGGGUAUUUGGAUAAAAUGGUUACGGAUAGUGAUGAUAGCAGCGUUGGUGAAGAUCCAGAGUUGUUGCAGAACUUGAAACAGAGGAUCAGGUUGAGGAGAGGGCAGAGAUUGAUCGAUAAUCGAUGGAAACAAUGGUCAGGAGCUUUAUUGAGUGAUGGGAAAACUGAUACUACUACAACAACUAGUCCAAAUUCAACCCCACCAGAUUCCUCAUCCGAACGUAGCAGCUCUGAGGAAGUAGAUGAUUUAGAAAUUGAUGAAUCCACAAAUUUGAAAGAAAAUCGAGGACUUUCAAUGUCCCUAGCCUCACUCUAUUCAGAUGCCGAUAUUAUGAGAAAACCUCGUGGAGCCCCCGAUGGAUCUUCAGAAAUUGUUGCUUCCAUACAAUCCGAUAUCUUAAGUGCUGAAGGGGUUGCUUUGUCUUUGAUUAGUAAAUUUAAUGAAAAACAUUUACCAAAGGCUUCCGACCUGGAAUGGUUGGUCUCAGAAGAGGAAGUCCCGCAAGCACUGUUGCCAUUACCUAAAAGUUGGCCUGUAAAUCCAGACGAGCAUGAAGCUGCGAGCACAAAUUUGAGAGGAACCAGAGAUUGGGCUCCACCUAGGCCUCAAAUUGUUUUGACUUUGCUACCUUCACCAUUACGGAAAGACCUAAUGGAAAAACAAAACUACAAAUGUGCAGGCUGUGGCAUGAUUGUAGCUGCACAAUACGCUUCUAGAUUUCGCUACUGUAACUAUUUAGGCAAAUAUUUUUGUACAGGGUGUCACAAAAAUCAGGUAUCUGUCAUACCUGCUAGGAUUUUGUAUAAAUGGGAUUUUAGUAGGUAUCCUGUGUCGACGUUUUCUUUUAAACUUCUGGAACAAAUGUACGGAGAUCCAUUGUUUAGGAUAUUCGAGUUGAACAAAACUAUUAGAAAAUUUUCCAAAAAUAUCGAAUUUAUACGAAAAUAUCGGAUGGGAUUGUGUUACAUUAAGGAGUACAUUUUAACUUGUCGUUUUGCUGAAAUGGCCCAAGAACGAAUGGAACAUGAUUUACCAUCGUAUUUUUUAACGAAACCUGACGAAUACUCUAUAGACGAUCUUGUGAAAAUCAAAAAUGGCGAAUUGAAAACUAAACUUAAAUUUUUGGUCGAUAUUUGUCUCCGACAUACUUCAGAAUGUAAGUUGUGUUUAGCGAGAGGCUACAUUUGCGAACUGUGCAAUUCUGACGAAAUAAUUUUUCCAUGGCAAAUGAGGAUAGUGACGAGGUGCGAAACAUGUUUGACUUGUUACCAUUUGAAGUGCUGGAGAAACAAGUGUCCAAAAUGUGACAGAAAAAUUAAGAGGAAAGAGGCUGGCACAAAAUGA